GUCUGGAAUCUGCAAUGAAAAACAUUCUUUUGAAGUACUCAAUAUUUACAAAAUUUCUAAAUAUUUAAAUUAAAUAUUAAUAUUUAAAUAUUAAAUAGACUCAAAAGGGAAACUUUAUCAAAGACCUAAGCAUGAAAGAUAUGCAUGAUAGCUGUUAAUAAUGGGUUGGAAGUCUGCACGGGAGAAAAGUCAGAUUUAAACCUAAAUGACCUCCUGACACGAAUUUUACCCUUUUGGAAAGUAUAGAACACUGAUUCCAUCCAUUCCAUCCAGAUGUACGUGUAUUUGUCUGAGUUAGUGGGGGGCUAUUUAUGAGCUUGUUGACAAUAUAGUUAUGCGAAAUUAUUAAUUAGCAGCAACCAACUUUUAGAGUGUUCCUGAGAAAAUCUAGGAUGCUUUUAAUAGGAAAAGCUUGAAUUCUUUCCACAUAAUUCUAGCAUUAAAAAAAAAUUCAUAGUGAUGAUCACCCUAGUUAUGACCAAGCUCUAUUUAAUAGUUUAGACAUUCACUGCAUAUUGGGUUUUCAAGUUUUACUAAUAAACAACUAAUGUUGAACACAAAUUGUGGAAGGGUCAAACAAGGGAAAAAAUUGCAAAACAAUAUGUCUUUAUUUGCAUCCUAGCAAAUGAGAAUUCAGCUUUCACUUCAACAUCAGUUAUGAAAUAAUCCAGCCAGUGGCAGGAAUACACACUGUUUGAAUGGGAGUCCUUGGAAAACAAUAUUUUCCAUAAAGAUAGCAUUGAACUUCUCUAUUAGCAUACCCUGAAGCUUUCCUGCUUGGCAUUGGUCGCAGAAUUGAAACCAGAAAUUCACUGCAAAUUCAGAAAACAACUGCACAUUGAAUUUAAGGUGAGAAUAUUAAAAGAAUCACGACCAGUGAUAUUAGACUUGGAUUUCUUUAUCUUUUUAGACAUCAUGGCUUUACUACCAGCCAUUCUUUCCAGCCUAUUCACAAUACAAUUUGUUCUAGGAUAUUUUGCCAAUGGCUUCAUAGCACUGGUGAACUGCAUUGACUGGGUCAAGAGACAAAAGAUCUCCUGCGCUGAUGGAAUUCUCACUGCUCUGGCUGUCUCCAGAAUUUGUUUGCUCUGUGUAUUAGUACUAAAUUGGUAUGCAAUUGUAUUUAAUCUAGCAUUUUAUAGUUUAGAUGUAAAACUUAUAUUUCAUAUUGCCUGGAUGACAAGCCACCAUUUUAGUCUGUGGCUUGCUACUAGCCUUAGCAUAUUUUAUUUGCUCAAGAUAGCCAAUUUCUCCAGCCUUUUAUUUCUUCACCUCAAAUGGAGAGCUGAAAGAGUGGUUAUCAUGAUACUGUUGGGGGCUUUGGUCUUCUUGGUUUUUCAUCUUGCAGUGGUAGGCACAGAUGAAAAAAUGCAGAUGAAUGAAGAUAAAGGAAACAUCACUUGGGAGACUAACUUGGGGGACAUUAUGCACCUUUCAAAUCAGACUUUAUUCAUGCUUGCAAACUUCAUACCCUUUACUAUGUCCCUGGCAGCUGUUCUGCUGUUAAUCUUUUCCAUGUGGAAACAUCUGAAGAACAUGCAGCUCAGUGGCAAAGGAACUCAAGAUCCCAGCACCGAGGUCCACAUAAGAGCCAUGCAAACUGUGAUCUCCUUUCUCUUGGUAUUUUUCAUUUUUUUCUUCACUCAAAUCAUCUCACUUUGGAAUUCGAGUACUCAGCAGAACAAUUCGCUUCACAUGGUUUGCAAGGUUCUUGGAAUCCUGUAUCCGUCAAGCCACUCAUUUAUUCUGAUUUGGGGGAAUAAGAAGCUGAGACAGGCCUUUCUGUCAUUUCUGUGGCAGUUGAGGUGCUGGUUGAGGAAAGGGAAAUAAGUGGGGCACCUUGUGUCUUUUGGCAGAAAACAAACUGAUGGAGUCCAUAACAUUUGUACUUCCUACAUAUUUCUUAGUGUGUAUA